GCAACUGCACCACUUUGGAACAUCCCUUCAUUUGCGGACACUAUUCAUGUCCAGCGUCCGACAACCAUGGAGCACUCUGCAGCCAUUCUCGAGGAUGCUGGCAAGACAGUCGACAAUGCCGCGGGCAACACUUCCAAGGAUGACCGCAAGCCUAGUGAGAGCUCCAGCGAGCAUCGCGAGAACAAGAGAUCAGACAACAGACGCGAGGACAGGAAGCGCAAGGGCAAUUGGAACGACAGCAGCGUCAGACAUGGAAAGAAGGGCAAGUUUGAUGACAGUCGCCGAAAUAAGAAAGGAGAUAUGGGACGGACAGAUUAUUUUGCGUCCAACCCAGACAAGCGACAGAAAAACGAAGAUGCCCAGAAGAAGCGACAGCGCGAAGGUAUCAAAGGCCAAGGCAUUGAAUUUUCCAAAGAAGAGAUCGAGGCAGAGAAAGCCGAGGGCAGGAAGCCCAAGCGAAAAGUCGCUGUAUUAAUCGGCUACUCAGGAACAGGCUACAAGGGCAUGCAAAUCUCAGGCACUGAGCGCACCAUUGAAGGCGACCUCUUCCAGGCCUUCAUCAGAGCUGGCGCAAUUAGCAAAGCGAAUGCUGAGGAUCCCAAGAAAAGUGGGCUUGUCCGAUGCGCACGAACAGACAAAGGCGUGCAUGCGGCUGGAAACAUGGUCAGUUUGAAGUUGAUCGUGGAAGACAACGACAUUGUUCAGAAGAUCAACGCGGAGCUGAGUCCUCAAAUUCGAGUAUGGGGCAUUGAGCGAACCAUUGGAAGCUUCUCAUGUUACCAAGCAUGCGAUAGCAGAUGGUACGAGUAUCUGAUGCCAUCAUAUGCGUUCUUGCCCCCGCACACGAGUAGCUGGCUAGCGAAGCAGCUGGAGUCAGCAGCAGACGAAGUCGGAGAUCGCGAGGCAUACGAGGCGCGGCAAGAAGAGGUCAAAGGGUUCUGGGAGAAAAUCGACGAGGAAGACAUAAAACCGAUUCUGGAGACUAUCGACGAGGACAUCAGGUGGGAUGUGAUCAAAGCGCUCCAAGGCGAAGAAGAAGCAAACGCGAAAAGUGCAGAAGCAGGAGCAGAAGCGGAGCCUAUUGUCAAAGCUGGGAGUACAAUUAAUACUGCUUCCGAAGUGGCGAAAGAGAAGACCGAAGACGCCGCGAUCAUCAUCAAUGAGGCGGCGGUCAGACCCGAGUCAGCGACUGCGGCGACAGAAAGCACCUCCGAAACCCACCCUGAAAGUUCCUCUUCUGUGCCUGCGGAGAUGAAGCAGGAUGGAAUCACGACAGACGAAGCCGAAGUUAUCGCCGCGGCAGACGAUGCAGCAACGAUCAAGGCAGACCCUACACGACCGGCCGACCCUGCUCCGGAAAUUCCCGUGCCAUCAGAACCCACGGAUGCAGAGAUGGAGCGACUGCUUCGCCUACGAGCUGCAACUAAGACUCUGCGCACUGCAUACGUUGCUGCCAAGCGCAAGUAUCGCAUCCCCGCAAAGCGAAUCGAGCGCAUCCAGAACGCACUCAACAAAUACGUUGGGACCAAGAAUUACCACAACUACACGAUUCAAAAGACGUUCAAGGACCCCAGCGUGAAACGCCACAUCAAGUCCUUCAAAGUCAACCCCAAACCCAUCCUGAUCGGCGAAGGUCCCGAAGAAGAAAAGACCGAAUGGCUCAGUCUCAAGGUCCACGGUCAAAGCUUCAUGAUGCACCAAAUCCGCAAAAUGGUCGGCAUGGUCACGCUCCUUGUCCGCGCAGGCGCGGACCUCAAAACGAUGGACGCAUCUUUCACCGCAGCUCGAUUCUCCAUACCCAAAGUCCCUGGUCUCGGCCUCUUGCUUGAACGUCCUGUUUUUGAUACGUACAACAAUCUCCAAGCGUCGAAGCACGGACGCGAGAAUCUCGAUUUCAACAAAUAUGAGAAGGAGCUCGAGGCGUUCAAGGAGAGGGAGAUUUAUCAACGGAUCUUCAGAGAGGAAGAAGAGAAGAAUGAGUUUAGUCGGUUCUUCAACCAUGUGGAUAAUUUCAAGGAGGCUCACUUCUUGUUUGUGACGAGCAAAGGCGUCGAUGCAAUCAAGGGCAUCGAGAGGAAAGCACCGAAGGAUGCUGAGAGCGAUACCGAGAGAGGUGGGGCGGACAAUUGAUAGAUGAAAGCCUCAACUCUACGAGUCGUAGUCUAAUGCGAAAGCGAGAC